AUGGCUGCCGUUAGAGAUGAAUCGGACUACGACAGUAGCCGUCCGUCGUCGCUCACGGCGCUGGGCUCCCGCCGGAGCUGGAUCAGCGACAUUGGCAGCUCCAGCUCGGUCUCUGGCGGCGGCGAGACCCCCUGCCGCCACAGCAAGCCCCACAAGGCCAACCAUGCCGAGUGGGAGGCCAUCGCGCGCGUCCGCGCAGCCGCCGCCGGCGGCAGCGUCGGGCUGGACCACUUCCGCCUCGUGCGGCGCCUCGGCAGCGGCGACCUCGGAAACGUCUACCUGUGCGAGCUCCGUGAGCCGCCGCACCGGCCGUCGUCGUCCGGGCGCCUCUACUACGCCAUGAAGGUGGUGGACAAGGACGCGCUGGCGUUCCGCAAGAAGCUCCGGCGCGCGGAGGUGGAGCGGGAUAUCCUCCGCGCCCUCGACCACCCCUUCCUGCCCACGCUGUACGCCGACUUCGAGGCGUCGCACUACGCCUGCCUCGUCAUGGAGUUCUGCCCCGGCGGCGACCUCCACGUCGCCCGGCAGCGGCAGCCCGGCCGCCGGUUCAGCGUCGCCUCCGCGAGAUCUUUUGAGAAAGAACCCACUUGGGCUAAUGAUUUGAGCUGCGCGCGCAUGCAUGCAUGGCGACAUGCAUAUUAUCUGGCUGAGCUGAUAGAGAUCGAUCGCCGAAUAAUGAACGGCAGAUUCUACGCGGCGGAGACGGUGCUGGCGCUGGAGUACCUGCACAUGAUGGGGGUGGUGUACCGGGACCUCAAGCCGGAGAACGUCCUGGUGCGCGCCGACGGCCACAUCAUGCUCUCCGACUUCGACCUCUCCCUCAAGUGCGACGACGUCGUCCCCAAGUUCCUCCGCCAACCGAGAGGGGACGGCGCCGGCGCCAACCCGAGCUCGACCAAUGGUCACUCCUCGUCGUGCGUCCCGCCGAUCCAGCCGGUGCUGUCAUGCCUAUUCAACGGUGUAACACGCAAGCGCCUGCUGCCGAUGCCCGGCGCGGCGGCCGUGGACGCCGACGCCGCCGAGCAUUCCGAGCCCGAACAGACGUCUGAGUCUGACCCUGCAGAGGUGGUGGUGGAGCCUGUGGCGGCCCGGUCUAGGUCUUUCGUGGGCACGCACGAGUACCUGGCGCCGGAGGUGAUCUCCGGACAGGGCCACGGCAGCGCGGUGGACUGGUGGACGCUGGGAGUGUUCAUGUACGAGAUGGUGUACGGCCAGACGCCGUUCAAGGGGGCGACCAACGAGGAGACGCUCGCCAACAUCGUCGGCAAGCGGCCCGUGGCCUUCCCGCGGGUCCCGUCGUCGGCGAGCUGCGGCGAGCGGGAGGAGCUGCUCCGGGCGCAGGACCUCAUGGCCCGGCUCCUGGCGAAGUGCCCCGGGAAGCGACUGGGGAGCUGCACGGGGUCAGGCGAGGUGAAGCGGCACGCGUUCUUCCGCGGUGUGAACUGGGCGCUCGUCAGGUCCGUCCGACCGCCGGAGGUGCCCGUGCCGGUGGCAAGGAGCAAGGCGAAGACGAUGAGCAGGAAGGAGCGGCAGGAGCCGUACAAGCAACAACAUGAGGACCAUUUCGACUACUUUUGA